GUGUCCGGUAGAGUUUGCUGUGUCCGCUCCUUUGCUCGCCUCGCCUUCCCUUCCUCCUCUCGGCUCCUCCCCGUCUGUGUGUCAACUCUGUGACGGGUCACGGUGUGUCGGAGCUGGGGGUUGGAGUCGGUGUGAAAGCACCGUGCUCUCUUCCGACCAGUCACCGUCUGCCUCUGCUUACAGUAAAACCUUACUCAGAGAGUUGACGGGAAAGCGAAACAGUCGACAGAAGCAGCUGGGAAUGUCCUAAAAGCCCGGCGUCGGGGCGCUGCGUCGGACAGACGGCUGUAAUCUAACCGGAGAGAGCUGGGUUUCAUCGCGGGCUGGAUGACAAGCUCCUCGGCUUUAUUCUAGGAGCACCGGAGUCUGCCGACGACAUGGACAAUAAAUAGUUGCUGUACACCAUCAGUUUGGAUCUCCACCGAAGCUAUGGAUGCAAGCUGGAAAAACUGCUUUGAGGAGGAGCUUCUCUGCCCUAUAUGCCUGAAUGUGUUUGAUGAGCCAAUCCAGUUGCCAUGCAAGCACAACUUCUGCAAAGGCUGCAUCUCUGAGGCCUGGGCCAAGGAAAGCGCGGCGGUCCGCUGUCCUGAGUGCAACCACGACUACGACCAGAAGCCACCCCUGGAGAAGAACUUUAAGCUCGCCAACAUCGUUAAGCGGUUUAACGCUCUGAAUGCGGAGAAAGCCCCCGCUGUGCUGCACUGUGUCCUCUGCAGACGAGGUCCCCCGCUGCCCGUGAGGAAAGUGUGCCUGCGUUGCAAGGAGCCUUGCUGCCAGACCCACGUCCAGACGCACCUGCAGCAGCCUUGUCCGGCCCCGGGACACCUGUUAGUAGACAUCGAAGAGCUGAGCGCCUGGACGUGUCCCACUCACGAGGAAUACAGGCUGCUCCACUGUGAGGAAGAGCAGGUGGCUCUGUGCCCCUUCUGCUACAUCUCCCACUGCACGAACCAAAGACACACGGUGUGCGAUGUGGACACACAGCGUGUACAAAUGCAGGCCAUGCUAAUGAGGCAGCAAGACAGACUGGAUUGUCGUGUUCAGAACAUCGAUGAGCAGCUCAGCAAGCUGGACUCGGAUAAAACCCUUCUGAAGGAGGCUGUAUGCGAGCUGAAGGAGCGUGUCCGAGCUCAGUAUCAGAGGAUGUAUGCGCUGCUUGAGGCAAACCAAGCGGAGACUGUGCAGAUGCUGGAGAGCACUUACACCAUGUAUGCGAGGAAGAACUCGCAGCAGGUCCUGCAGCUCAACGAGAAGCGGCAGGAGUCAGAGAAGCUCCUGAGCUCGGUUCAGUCCUUCUGUCAAAGAACAGAGAGUUUAAACUUCAUGAAGAACACCAAACCUUACCAGCUGCUAAUGGAUAGGUUAAACUCGCAUCUAAGUGGGGCCAUCCCUGCCCUCAGAGUAGGCCAGCUCAACUCUCAUCAUUUUUUAUCCGACCUCUCGACGAGAGAGAAGAACCUGCGAAAAAUGCUUGAAGAGCCGUUUAAUGAAGCGUCCAUUCUUGAGAUCGUCCAGUCUCACAGCAGCCACGCUGGUUCUCAACUGGGAAUGAGUUCAGGCCUGCAGAAGAGGAAAUACAGCAUGGCUUUCCUGGAGAGUAACUCGGAAAACUCCUCUUCGCAGGAUCCUUCGCAUUUAAUCUACAGCAGCAAAAAGCCCUUCCUGACUGAGCAGAGCCACCGUUCCUCCUCUGUGUAUUCCUCCGAGGUCCUCCCCCAGACUCCCCACACCUCCGGUCGCCUCCUCGACUCGGCGGCGCAUCACAUGGUGGGCCUGGGGUCAAGCUCUAGCCACCACUCAGGAAACCUUUUCCCAUCGUCCCACUUCCCCAGCGGAGGAGCGUCGCAACAAUCCAUGUACGAGAGCAGGAAAGUGCUGAUGUGCACCCUAAAUAACUGCUGCUGCUCCCGAGCGCCGGCUUCCCGCGCCCCCCAGCCUUCGUACCCGGAUACCUUCCCCUCUCAGGAGUUCCCCCCGCACGCCCCUCUUCCUGCGAGUCAGCCCUUGCAGCAUUUUCCCGUCAGGGGCCUGAUGGAUGCGUCGCAAACCUCCAGGCACCAUGACUUCUACGGCCUAUACGGCCAGUCUUCAACCAAGCAUUAUGGGACCAAAUGAAUCAGAAUCAGCGUUUGGUUCUGUUACUGCAUCAGAACCCCUUUCAGGAUAUGAUUUCAAAAUCUGUUCGACAACACUUCUGCAAAUCAUUGUAGCCCGUUCAUCCCAGUAACACUAGUAACUCCUGAACCCGUUGUAAGUUUGCAGCUAGUUUCUUUUUCAACUUCACUGUAAGUGCUGAUGUGAAUUUUUUAAGUCUUAAACUCCAUCCAAGCAGCAAAUGAGGAAGUGACAUGUUCUUCAUCACGAGUCCUGCUGUGGGACGUCAGUGCCUAAAAAAGACUGUUAACUCCACUCUUGAUGUACUUGCAUCUCCUUAGCUCUCGAUUAUUUCCUGCUUGCGGCUGAAAGUGAGCAGGGAAACGUCUCCGUGCUGACGGAUGUCAACGUGGCUUGAGGAAAAGAAAAACAAAACACUGGACUCCAAAUGCUUGUCAGUUUUUUUCAUGUAUUUUUUAUAGAAGAAUAUGAAUAAACCAAAGUAUGUGAAAGAUGUUGAAUAAAUAAGCAGAUCAAAACCCUCUGAA